CCCGUGUCGGCCCCCGCCCCGCUUCACCGCCCCCCGCGUAACAACAGAGAGAGACGGCCUUGAAUACAACUGCAAGUAAGCUUCUACGAAUCCCUCGUGUUUGUCAACGUUUGUCAACGUUCAACUUCAGGUGGUCCCAAGUUUCUGCAGCUUUUCGGACUCUGCUUCCUGUAGUGUCAAAGUUGCUUGUGCAUCCCUGUCCUUAAGGAAAAUAAUUUUGACUCUCCAGCAUGCUGGAUAUUAGAGGUGUCCUUUGUGCCUUCCUCAAUUUUGCCUGAAUUAUCCAAAGCAUUUGCCUUCAAGGAAUACCCCCAACUUCGUCAGCACUGAACUGGGAUGCGGUCAGCUUGGUCAUCCCAUCUCGACCGCUUUUGGAUGCUGUGCAAAAACCUUCCUCCUGGAGAGCAGAUUUGGACUAACAACCUCCCUCCAUCUAAGAGUUAUGAAUAUCUGGUGUUAAGGGGCAUCUGCGUCUUCAUGUGACCAGUCAAGGAACAGGUCAGGGGUGGGUUUAUUGAAGCUUCCCACUCCUUGCCACUGUAACCACACUUUUCUGGGCUGCUCUGAUGACUCCUUAAAGUUUUCUUCUUCAAAAUGACCGUCACCUACAUAAUUACUCAUUUCGCUCUCACUGGAACAUCAGAGAAGUGGCAGUGAUAGGAGAUUUGCUAUGGGACAGAGAGAGUUUGGGAUUGAGAUUCUUAAUUCCACCGGAAUGUUUCACUUUCUAUCAAAUUCUGUUAUGGAGCCUCAGAAAUUUUGAACUGUUCCUGCCUUGUCUGUAAUUUUUCUUUUUGGUGUGUGUGUGGGGGGGGCGAGGAAAUGACUGUGUUACAUAUUUUUGUCUCAGACUUGGAUAAUACUUGAAGCCAAAAGCUUGCCAUUUUGGCCUGUGAUGAGUGAAUGCUAUGCAAAAGAAAAGAAAAAGAACUUUGAUACCGAUUUGCAGCGAGCGGACUUCUCCUCGCCUUGGGUGACCCCUAUGCAAUUUUGCUUCUUGGUGAGCUAGUACCUGCACAGCCAUUGGAAAAUAAGGGAGAAUAGCAUUUAAUUAUUAUUAUUAUUUUAAAAAAAGUUUUGGUGGCUUUUGGCCCUGCUUAGUGGAACUUCUAAUUCAGUGUUCUGCCAAUUGAACGUUGUUACUACAGUGCUGAAAAAAGUCUGUGAAUCUUGACUUGAACCUUGUGCCUUAAGUGAUCUGGUGUCUGCAAACAUCCAUCCAAGCUACACAACUCUCUGCCAAUCUGGAAGGUUGGUGUCUUUUUGUGUUGGGAAAACCCGCCUUCCGAUACUUUUAUGGGUCAGCAGCCUGGAAAAGUUCUUGGGGACCAACGGAGACCAAGCCUGCCUGCCCUGCCCUUUAUCAAAGGAGCGGUGAAAAAAGAAACAUCGAGGCAUGGAGGACCCCACUGCAAUGUCUUUCUGGAACAUGAGGCACUUCAGAGGCCGGUAGUCUCCGAAUUCGAGCCCCAGGGCCUGAGCGAAGCUGCCCGCUGGAAUUCCAAGGAAAAUCUCCUUUCUGGUCCCGGUGAAAAUGACCCUAAUCUUUUCGUUGCCUUGUAUGACUUUGUAGCAAGUGGAGACAACACUCUCAGCAUAACUAAAGGCGAAAAACUCCGCGUCUUGGGCUACAACCAUAACGGAGAAUGGUGCGAAGCCCAAACAAAGAAUGGGCAGGGAUGGGUCCCGAGCAACUACAUCACCCCCGUCAAUAGUUUGGAGAAGCACUCUUGGUACCACGGGCCGGUGUCCCGGAACGCCGCCGAGUACCUGCUCAGCAGCGGCAUCAACGGCAGCUUCCUGGUCCGGGAGAGUGAGAGCAGCCCAGGGCAAAGGUCCAUUUCGCUGAGAUACGAGGGGAGGGUCUACCAUUACCGGAUAAACACUGCAUCUGAUGGGAAGCUUUAUGUCUCAUCGGAGAGCCGCUUCAACACUUUGGCUGAGCUGGUGCAUCACCACUCCACCGUAGCGGACGGCUUGAUCACCACUCUCCAUUACCCAGCCCCGAAACGGAACAAGCCCACCAUCUACGGCGUGUCCCCAAACUAUGACAAGUGGGAGAUUGAGCGAACGGACAUCACUAUGAAACACAAACUGGGAGGGGGCCAGUAUGGGGAGGUCUACGAAGGCGUCUGGAAAAAGUAUAACCUUACGGUGGCCGUGAAGACCUUAAAGGAGGACACCAUGGAGGUGGAAGAAUUCUUGAAAGAGGCGGCAGUAAUGAAGGAGAUCAAGCAUCCGAACUUGGUGCAAUUACUGGGCGUAUGUACCCGGGAGCCUCCGUUUUACAUCAUCACCGAGUUCAUGACCUACGGAAACCUGUUGGAUUACCUGCGCGACUGUAACAGGCAGGAGGUGAACGCCGUGGUGCUCUUAUACAUGGCGACCCAGAUCUCCUCAGCCAUGGAGUACCUGGAGAAGAAGAAUUUCAUCCACAGGGAUCUUGCUGCCCGGAACUGCCUUGUGGGGGAGAACCAUCUGGUGAAGGUGGCCGACUUUGGCCUGAGCAGGCUGAUGACGGGCGAUACGUACACAGCCCAUGCUGGAGCCAAGUUCCCCAUCAAGUGGACCGCGCCGGAGAGCCUCGCUUACAACAAAUUCUCCAUUAAGUCUGACGUCUGGGCCUUCGGCGUCCUGCUUUGGGAAAUCGCAACGUACGGCAUGUCCCCUUACCCUGGGAUUGACCUCUCACAGGUCUACGAGCUCCUGGAGAAGGACUAUCGUAUGGAACGCCCUGAAGGCUGUCCGGAGAAAGUCUAUGAGCUCAUGAGAGCAUGCUGGCAGUGGGGCGCUUCCGACAGGCCAUCUUUCGCCGAAAUCCACCAAGCGUUUGAAACAAUGUUUCAAGAAUCCAGCAUUUCUGACGAGGUGGAAAAAGAGCUGGGGAAGAAAGGGAUGAGAAGUGUUGUGAACACCUUUCUACAAGCUCCGGAACUGCCGACGAAAACAAGAACCUCCAGAAGAACAGCCGAGUCCAAAGACGAGAGCCCAGAAACGGCACCUACAAAAGGCCCAGGGGAAUGUGACUCCACGGACCAGGAGCCGGCUGUCUCCCCCUUGCUGCCGCGGAAGGAGAGGGUCGCCGCGGACGGCGGUUUGAACGAAGAUGAUCGCUUGCUCCCGAAAGACAAAAAGACCAACCUCUUCAGCGCCCUGAUCAAGAAGAAGAAGAAGAUGGCCCCCACCCCUCCGAAGCGCAGCAGCUCCUUCCGGGACGUCGAAAGCCACCAGGACCGCAAGGGAGCGGGUGAGGAAGAGAGCAAAGACGGCAGCAACGGAGCCUUGGUCGCUCACCCUGCGGACGCGGAGGACCGUUCCAGGUUCCAAAGUCCCGGCAGUGAGGUCGGAGUCGCCAACGGGACUGUGGCGGGGAGCUCGGGGCUACUGUCCCCCAACCUCUGGAAAAAAUCCGGCCCCACGGCCAACAGCCGGCAGGGGGCCAACGAAGAAGAGAACAGCUCGAACUCCAGUAAGCGCUUCCUCCGCUCGUGCUCGGCCUCUUGCGUGCCCCACGGGGCCAAGGACACCGAGUGGAGGUCGGUGACUCUACCCCGGAACCCGCAGCCCACGGGCCGGCAGUUUGAUUCCUCCACCUUCGGCGGCCACAAAAGCGAAAAGCCCGCCCUGCCCCGGAAGCGGGCGAGCGAGGCCAAGGCAGACCUGGUCGCCAGGGGGACGGCAACCCCGCCUCCUCGGCUGCUGAAGAAAAGCGAGGAAACGCCGGAAGACGGGCUGAAAGACGCCGAGCCCAGCCCGGGUUCCAGCCCGCCGACCCUCACGCCGAAACUGGGCCGGAGACAGCCGCUCGUCCCGCCCGCCAUGAGCCUUUCCCACAAAGAGGAAGCUGUGAAACCUGGUGCCGUAGGAGCCGGGGCGGGGACGGAGCAAGGCCCGACUGCCAAAGUCGGCGUGUUCAUCGGCCUCGGCAAAGCUUCCGGCGAAGAGCCGCGGCUGAGGAAGGCCAAGCAGGCGUCCGAGAAGGAGAAGGGGAAACACGCCAAGUUGAAACCGGCCCCUCCGCCUCCGCUCUCCUCGGCCUCUUCCGUUGGCAGAAGUAGCAAAGGGGGGCUGGGCUCUAGCCACGAAGGGCCUGAGGGCUCCGCGGCGAAGGGCAAGCAGCCGGCCCCAACUACGGACCCUGCGAACGUUGAGCCCCCCAAGCCUAGCCUACUCGCAGAGGGCAUGAAAAAAGCAGCCCUCUCCUCCAUACCAAAGCCCCCGUCCUCUUCGAAGUUGUUGCUGAUGACAACGUCCCCCACCCCUGGCUCUCCCUUCUCUGCCCCUACCGCCUCCUCCGCCCCGAGCAUGGACCAGCCGGCCUCCACGGCCUUCAUCCCCCUCAUUUCCACCCGCGUCUCCUUACGGAAGACCCGCCAGCCUCCGGAGAAGAUCGCCAGCGGCACUGUCACCAAGGGCAUGGUGCUGGAGAGCUCCGAGGCGCUGCGGACGGCCAUCAGCAAAAACUCUGAGCAGAUGGCCAGCCACAGCGCCGUCUUGGAGGCCGGCAAGAACCUCUACACCUUCUGCACGAGCUACGUGGACUCCAUCCAACAGAUGCGGAACAAGUUCGCCUUCCGGGAAGCCAUCAACAAACUGGAGAACAACCUCCGGGAGCUGCAGAUCUGCCCGGCCACGGCCGGCAGCGGGCCGGCGGCCACGCAAGACUUUAGCAAGUUGCUCAGUUCCGUGAAAGAAAUCAGCGAUAUUGUCCAGAGGUAGCGUGAGGCGCAAAUGGGGGACUUUGGUUGGGGCUGGCCCGAGACUUUUUGGUGCCUGAGGCAGAAGAAAGAAAAACGUCCGCGCGCCUGCAUAUUAAGGUGGGGAGAGUUCUCCCCUGCCAACCCCAUUGGAAUAAGCAGGAGCUUUGCGAGAGCAGCUCCCGUCCAUUUCAGUGGGGUUUGCAGAGGAGGACUUGGGUCUCUUCCCGCCUCCCUCUUGGCUACCCUGAAUUGGACUCAGAACCCACUGGCCAAUAUGGCUGCCUUUCUUGGGCCCCUCUUUGCAUCCGGCACUUCACCGCAGGCCUCACCCGGAAGCCCGAGACUCUUUGAGGAAACAAGCGAAGCGUUUCUCCUCCCACCGCUUCCUUUUCCUAACCCGGAUUUCCCUCCUGCCUCUCGCCUUCUCGAAAUCCUCUUAUCUGUGGAGCGUUCUUGCCUUGGGAGAUUUAGCGAGACUGAAAAAAGGUCGAGGUUGCGUCACUUCUCGUAUUCGUGUUAAUAUUUUAUUACUUUUGGACUGAGCGUUACGUCAGAAGCGGGGCCUGAAGGACCCGGGCCAUUGGGGCUGCUUUCUUUGGGGGGAUCCGUUCAGACGCCUCCCUCCUGUCCCCCUCUCCCUCCCCUGAUGGCCUGUACUGAUAGCAAUAUUCCCACUGCCCGUCCGCCCAUCCCCAUUUUCUCUCCCCUCCCCUGGUGUUAAAUUCGGAACUGGCCAUAGGUGCCGGGAGUGUGUGUGUGCAUGUUGAUGACGAUGUAGUGUGCGACCAGAUGACUUCCGCCGUUAUCCACUCCCCACCACUUGCCUGGGCCUGUCCCAAGGAUCAACAGCAAUCCUCUCCUUCCCAAGAAAUUAACUUGUGGCUGGAAAGAGACAACCAGGUCAUCGCUUCAAGCAAAAAUUCUCCAAAUGUGUGUCGCUGGAGAACUCCCGCGAGUGUUCUGCUAGAAAUAAAUGCAUUGGAGCACUCUCCAGAGGCCGGAGUAGAUAACCCGUAGAAGAGGUGUCCUCUUUAGAUGAAUCGCCCCUCCGGCCUGGCUUCCUCGCAGUCACCCCGUGUGGGUGGGUAAGUCCGCCCUGCCUCGGGUGCAAUUGGUCCAUUCAUUCCAGACCCCAAAACGCAGUAACAACACAGCAGAACACCCCUCCUUUUGGGAGGCUCGAGUUAAAUUUGCACAGUCCUGACAGGCAAGCACUGAGAUCUCAGCCAUUGCCUUUGAUAAAUUCCUGUCCCUUGAGGUGAACCACUUGGAAUUCAGCGCCCCUUGACGAAAUCCUCCUGAUUCAGAUCACCACUUUUGCCUUGCCUCGCUUACAGGGGACCUUCGUUGAAAGGGGGACCAACUGUCAUUCCGUCAAAUCCAUUUCUUCCACCACCCUUUCUGGAAGGAUGGCAUGCGAGGUUUCUCAACCCUUGUUCGAAAACACAUGUUUUUUUCCUCUGGUUUUGGCUGCAUCUACGGUGUCGAGGGAAGCAGGGAGGAAAGGCAAGAGACCUGUCCGAAGCACGCAGUACAAAUCUAGGAAAGGAUGAAAGCGACUGAGUUUUGGGGUUCACUUUGAACUGAUUCACUCACAGCUACUGCUGGUAGAAACGAGCUGGAAACUCCUUGCACUGAGAGGUUCUCAACAAAAGUAAAAUGGCUUCCGGACUGUACCUCUUCAGAGUCCACAGAGGGAAUCACGUGACUGAAUGCUCCUUCCCCCCCUUUUUUAAAUAACUCCCUGCACAUAGAAAAACAAGCAUGUCAGGGUCUUGUCGCUGACAUGCUAGUUCUUUGUGUGUAGGGUUUCCCCUCCCCGUCCCUUCCGGGGUGGACGAUGACAUUUGAUCCUGCUAUAUUCACACUUCACGUAGAAGUACAAGCCAGGGUUAUUUUCAUCAGGAGAGCGAGAUGUUUAUUGAGUGAACCUCUUAAUCAAGAAGUAUUGCUAGAAGCCCCCGUUGCUAAAUAAUCACCAGGUGUUUUCUGCAGCCCAAAGCCAAGCCUCUUUUCCGUCACCUCGCUGCCAUGAGGGUGAUGCUAAUUUCACCUGCUGUAAACCUGACAAUAUUGCUCAGUUGUGGACCAAAGCCCUGUUCUUCAAUUUUAUACUACUUCAGUCUAUGAAGUGUUCAGUUUACCUCCUUUUGGAUGAAAAAGCAGAUGCAAAAUAUCAAAAUGAGGAUUCUCUUACACACACACACACAAAUACACACACACUGGGUCGUAGCAUCCUGUUCCUGUGGGUCUUCAGCACUCACCACUUUUAAUUCUAUUUCUCCCCUCUUUCCUUUAAGACAAAUUCAAGUGUGAGAUUUCUAAGACUAACCACACCCCUACAUGCACACACACACACGCACACUUCCUUGCCAAACUGACAUAACUUUUUCGUACCUGUCGAUAAAUGCAAAAACGAAAACAUGACCACAAGCUGCCUUUGAAGACUCGUGCGUGCUCGAUGAAAAACAAAACCAAAUUCCUUUUUCCUGUCGGACUGUACUGUUUUCAGAGGGUACUGAUAUUUUGUGGAUAAUCUAUUUGUUGCCACUAUAGUAUACAUUUGUAUCUCAGUAUUACACACAGCUUUUGUAGACCUUCUCUCUCUCCCCCCCCCCCUUUCAAUGUGUAAAUAGCUGUGUCUCUUUUCUCACUUCUAUAACACCCACGGGUCUCGGUCUUUCUCCUCCCCAUCCCCUGCUUAUGAUUUUUCCAGUUCAGACCCCAUCCCUCCCUCCUUCUACAUGAGUUUCCUCUUCUCUGACUUUGUGUUGUUUUUUUAAAAAUAAUUCCAGGUUUUCUUCCUUAGUAUUUUUUAAAAUAAAUUGAUGUCCAAGAAAGAA